GCUUCCAUCUGCGGAAACAUGCAAGAGUCUUAAACUAUAAAUGCGCCAGACUGAUCCUGAGUACGGAUAACAAUCAACCCAACAAAGAUGGAGAAGCCUCCACGGACUCAGACAUGCGACUUGCAAGUUACUGGGGUUGCAAGAGCCUCCCAUCAUGCAGACGAAAACAACUCCUCUUCGCAAGGCCAAGAAUCUUUGGAGAUGAAGAAAAUUCAAAUGAGCUUUGCGAAAAUUACACUCAUGAUAAGAGAGAUUGGAGCCACAAUGAGUACUAUGGGAGACAAAAUCAAAGGGAUGGAAGACAAAAUCAAAGAAAUGAAAGAACAACAUAAUGCUCAAAUUCUAUUAUACAGAACGCAUGGAACUACAGCGAUAUAUGCAUUAAUCCAGCAAAUGAUGGAACAACGAAGCCGUCUUGCUGAACUUGAGCAAUCAAAUGCAACAGAAUGGUCUUUGCAUCCGGACGUACUACCGACCGAACCAUAUCUCCCGAAUUCCAGCAGCUAUCAAGCGCAGGUGCAGACGCAGUCACCAUAUAAAGAAGUGGAUGGAGCUCUACCUCAGACUAGUUCAUACUCUGAUCACAUUGAGGGCGGACGGGCCUGCGGCCGAUGCCGAAUAAGAAAGAUAAGAUGUGACAAAAGUCGUCCAAAGUGCGUCAAUUGUCACAAUGAUGCCCAUGCUUGCUUCUACGAGGGAAGAAAGAGACGCCAAAAAGUAACCCAGACAUCCUGUGACCGAUGUCUCAUAAGCAAAGAAAGAUGUGACGGAGCCCGUCCAACCUGUGCCAGUUGCGACAAGAGUAAAAACCCUUGCUUCUAUCUAAAACUGCGUGAGAAUAAAUUGAAGAUCUAAUGGACGAUAGCCCUUCGAGUGCGAGUGCGAACGAAGCACUACGGAGGCUAAUGAUACGCAAGAUUCGAUUACUAAGUGCAUCGGCCUCAAGGUUUAAUAACGACUUCCCUUUCUCAAUUUUGUCAGGUGUCUUGUUAUUGGCAACCUAUUCAGUCCUCAACUCUUAUUCAUUUAAUUUUCCGCUAUAUCGAGCCAGAAGCAAUCAUAUUAUUGUUUUAGGAAGCAUUGCUUGUCAUAAUUGUUCUAACCAUCUCAAACAAUCAUCUCUGUCAUCGG